AUGGUGAAGAAAUUCUUGGGCUUCUCCGGCCAUGCCCUUAACUGGGCCAUUGGAGCAGUAGCAGGAUGUGACUUCCUCCUUUUUGGUUAUGACCAAGGUGUUAUGGGUGGCAUUCUCACACUUCCUAUCUUCCUUGAACAGUUCCCAGAUAUCAACGACACUGAAAAUGGUCUGACAGACGCCCAAAAGUCUAAUAGAUCAACUUACCAAGGCAUCGCUGUCGCUUCAUACAACCUGGGCUGUUUUAUUGGCGCAGUCAUCACCAUCUUCAUCGGCAAUCCUCUUGGUCGCAGACGUAUGAUCUUCCUUGGUACUGCCAUCAUGGUUGUUGGAGCGGCUCUUCAAGCCUCUGCUUUCACUCUCGAGCAUUUCAUCAUUGGACGCAUCAUCACUGGGCUGGGCAAUGGUGGAAACACUUCCACCGUGCCCAUGUGGCAAUCCGAGACUUGUUCAGCUCAUAAACGUGGCAAACUUGUCAUGAUUGAAGGUGCACUGAUCACUGGAGGUAUCAUGAUCUCGUACUGGGUGGACCUUGGCUUGUCCUUUGCGCCCGGCUCUGUCGCUUGGCGUUUUCCCCUGGCCUUCCAGAUUGUCUUCUGUCUUUUCAUUCUGGCAUUUGUACUUGGGUUACCCGAGUCUCCUCGGUGGCUCAUCCUCAAGGGUCGCGACGCCGAGGCUCGAGAAGUCAUUGCCGCCAUUGCUGAGGUUGAAACCGACGACAAAUAUGUUGAGAACGAAUUUCGCGCCAUCAAGGAAACUGUUGCAGAGAUGAGCAAGGGUAGCUUCGCCGAUUGCUUCGCUCGCGACAAUAACCGCACUCUGCACCGUACCAUUAUCGCCUAUGUCAAUCAGAUGUUCCAGCAGAUUUCAGGUAUCAACCUCAUUACGUAUUAUGCCGCUACUAUCUACCGUCGUCUCGGUAUGAGUCCAUUCUCAUCUCGUCUCCUCGCUGCUUUAAACGGCACCGAGUACUUCAUUGCAUCGUGGCCGGCUGUGUUUCUCGUCGAACGCGUUGGUCGUCGAAAACUUAUGCUGUUCGGUGCUGCUGGUCAGGCCGCCACCAUGGCUAUUCUCGCAGGUGUAGGCUCUCAGGAAAACAAUCACGCCUGCCAAAUUGCAGGUAUCGUGUUCCUUUUUGUUUUCAACACUUUCUUUGCGGUUGGCUGGCUCGGCAUGACUUGGUUAUACCCGGCUGAGAUUACUCCUCUACGUACCCGUGCCCCAGCCAACGCCUUGUCUACUUCUUCCAACUGGAUCUUUAAUUUCAUGGUUGUUAUGAUCACCCCCGUCUCCUUCACCAACAUCAAAUACAACACUUACACCAUCUUCGCCAUCAUCAACGCCAUUAUGGUUCCUUCCGUCUACUUCUUCUUUCCAGAAACUGCGUACCGAUCUCUUGAAGAAAUGGACACUAUUUUCCAGAAAGUUAAGGGUUGGAGGGGUGCCCUUACCGUCGUACACCAAGCCGAAAUUGAGCCUCGUCGCUACGGUAAAAACGGAGAGCUUCUCAUCAGUAUUGAUGAGGCUGACGAGAAGAAUAAGGUGGAGCAUCGCAAUGGCAGUUCUAGCGAAACUAGCACUGAUGUUAAUAACGGCAUGUUUACCAACAACGACGAAGAAACACAGCGCCGCCGUUAG